GAACGAUAGAGUUUUCUCGCGGGCGCGCUAGGAAUUGGGAAAGUUCGGCUUGGUUUCUUGCGCCGUAAAGAACUUGGUAGAAGGUUUUUUCUUUCAGAAUUUCCAGAUUUUUUGGCUUUCUAAGGAGGGCUUUAAGGGUGCCUUGAAGCCAUGCCCUUCUCAACCCAGCCUGAAACAGGCAAAGAGCAGAAUGUUCUGGUAGCAACUCUUGAUAAUGUCAGAAACCUCUCUAUUUUGAAAGCCAUUCAUUUCAAAGACCACGCUACUUCCUUCGCUACAUCAAAUGGACUCAAAGUCACGGUGGAAAAUGCAAAGUCUUUGCAAGCCAAUGCCUUUAUUCAGGCCGGAAUUUUCCAAGAAUUUGUAGUGCAGGAAGAAUCUGUGAUGUUCAGAAUCAAUCUGUCUGUGCUUUUGGACUGUUUGACCAUCUUUGGAACAAAUUCUUUGCCAGGAACUCAAACAGCCCUUCGGAUGUGUUAUCGGGGAUAUGGCUACCCUCUAACCCUCUACCUGGAGGAAGGAGGGGUGGUGACUGAAUGUAAAAUCAACACUCAGGAACCUGAAGAGAUUCUCGAUUUUGACUUCUGCAGUACUAAUGUUGUAAAUAAAAUUAUUCUACAGUCGGAGGGACUCAGAGAGGCAUUUUCCGAACUGGAUAUGACCAGUGAAAUGCUGCAGAUUACAAUGUCUCCAGACAAACCUUAUUUCAGAUUAUCUACUUUUGGGAAUGCUGGAAGCACUCACCUGGAUUACCCCAAAGAUUCUGACCUUAUUGAAGCGUUUCAUUGUAAUGAAACACAAACAAACAGAUACAAGAUAUCAUUACUCAAGCCAUCAAUUAAAGCGUUAGCUCUGUCUUGCAAGGUAUCCAUUCGGACAGAUAACCGAGGUUUUCUUUCAUUGCAAUAUAUGAUAAGGAACGAAGACGGAGAGAUCUGCUUUGUGGAAUAUUACUGCUGUCCCGAUGAGGAUGUGACAGAAGCAGAACUGUAGCUGUCAUGAAAAUGGGACUGAAUUAAUACCUGAGAAAACUGUUUAGUUCGGGAACGAAACAGAACAAGAGGAAUCCAAUUGAAAGGCCAGAGAUCAGAACAUUCCUGAGCCAUACCUCGUGUCCUUAACAUUAGGGGGGCGUGGGGUGAAAAAUGCAGAUGGAGACAAUAUGCUUUGAAAAAGCUGCUGCAAAUACCCCUGGAGGAAUGUGUGUGAUAUGGAGGGUCAGGUUCUAGAAUAAGAAUACACUUUUUUAUUUUUUCCAGGCAAGGGUUAUGCUUUGCCUCCAAAAGGAGGGCAGGAUAAAGCCAAAAGAAUUUUUUUCAGUUAUC